UAUCGCGCACAGCUGAUGUUUGUUUUUAUUCCAAUUUUGGAAGUCCAAAGGUCUCGCGCAGUUAUGUAGAAAAUAGUGUUGUUUUUUGUGCUGAAUUUUAAUUUUAAAAUAACGACGAAUUGCAUUUAAUUGACUGCGAUGCUGAAGGACACCGACCGGUUGACGCGCCUGUUGCUGUACUGCCUUCGGGUACGGUUUCGACGCUACCCAUCGUACUACUUCCCGGUGUUUUGCUUCGUGCAAUCGCUGAGGAAAUUGAGCCAGGAGAUUCGGUUACGGACCGCUACGUUUCGGGUUGUUCCUAUUCCGAAUUUGCUUUUCGAGCGGUACCAGCAGGAUUUGCUGGUGCGAUCGGAACAUACGCUGUUCGUGAGCAGGACGGUUUUCCAUCAGUACGUGGUGGAGCGGGAGAUUAACUGGAUCAAUUUGGUGAUACGAGCGAACUGUGACGGUGGAAAGAAGAAUGAGGGUGGCGGAGAGCUUGUUUCGAUCAUAUUGAACCGACAGAAUGUUUCGGUGCUGUUCCAGAUAUGCCCACUGGAAGGGGUGCCACCUAAUGCGAUAUUCGUGAAGGAGAACUUGUUUCACGGGUUGGUGGACCGGUAUAAGCUAGGGGAGAAAGUGUUCUGUGGAAAGAUGCAGCGUGUGUCGGAACAGCAGAAUCUACCGCUGGUGGCAACUAAAGCGAACGUAUUCCUCUACAACACACCUUAUGACUUGUCAUCGGACGUGGUCGACUUCAUCAUGGGUAGAUAUUUUGAAACGCCGCGCCUCUUGUACAGGAAUUCAACAUAUCAGAUUACGCUGAACGAAAAGUUCUUGGGAAAUACGUUUUACACGAAGAACUUUGCCACUUUUGCGCACCUGAGAUAUCUGUACUUCAAAUGUUUGAAUCUGGAAUCGGCGGAGAACAGUUUCGAGCUGCACGGAAUUGUUUGUAAGAAUCUGACGAAUUUGCAUCAGACAACGACGUACAACAAUUUUGUACCGCCUCAGAGGCUGGAUGAUUUGGCGUUUGUCCCUGUUUGUCCGUUUGGAUUGCGAAAGUAUCACGAGGAGUUGUGUUCUUCCCUGAGUGCUUAUCUGAAGCAGGAGAACAAUUCACUUAUUGAAAACCAAAUUUAUCCGGUUUUCAUGCUUCAGGGCGAAAGAGGCAUUGGAAAAUCUACGAUCCUCCGAUCCGUAGCUCUAGCGAUGGGCAUUCAGAUAUUUCACGGAGACUGCAGCGAAAUAAUGACCUCGAUAUCAUCGCAAACCGAAACCAAGUUGAUAUCUGCACUUAACAAAUCGAAGAUUUGUGAGCCUCUAAUUAUCGCUUUACACAACUUUGAGAUUUUCGGUGUUGAUAACGAAGGUCAUGAAGACCUGAGAAUCUUGACGACCUUCCAGGCAGAAUUGCACACUCUCUUCAGCCGCAAAUACUCACACCCUGUCGUAGUGGUAGCAUUGGCAAACGAAAAAGAUUCGUCCAAGCCUAAGCUAACCAGCAUGUUCCUCGACGUGAUCAAGUUCCUUCCCCCGUCAACAACGGAACGGCAUCAGCUGCUAAACUGGAUAUCUGCAAGAGAGACCUCUCGGAUUCCUUCAACUCAACUCGCCAAAAUAGCCGAACAAACACAGGGAUUUAUUUACGGUGAUCUCAAACUGCUGUACUCGAAAGCCCUACAAGCAUCCUCCAAACACCCAAAGCUCACCCUGUCUCACUUCGAAAAAGCUCUCGAAGAAAUGCAGGCAUCCUUCUCGGACAGCCUGGGAGCCCCGAAGGUCCCCAAAGUCCUGUGGUCCGAAAUAGGCGGCCUGGCCAAGCUAAAAACCGAAAUCCAAAACAGCAUCGGUCUCCCGCUUCGCCACCAGAAGCUCAUGGGCAAGAACCUGCGCCGAUCGGGAAUCCUCCUGUACGGACCACCCGGCACCGGAAAGACGCUCAUCGCCAAGGCCGUCGCUACCGAGUGCAAUCUGAGCUUCCUGUCGGUGCAAGGUCCGGAGUUGCUCAACAUGUACGUCGGACAGAGCGAGCAGAACGUCCGGGAGGUGUUUUCGCGGGCGCGAUCCGCUGCACCGUGUGUGCUGUUCCUGGACGAGCUGGACUCGUUGGCACCGAAUCGGGGCGUUUCCGGUGACUCGGGGGGCGUGAUGGAUCGCGUGGUGUCGCAGAUGCUCAGCGAGAUGGAUGGCAUUUCGAAAGGCUCCGACCCCAGCCAGCAGAUAUUCAUCCUAGCGGCAACAAACCGGCCGGAUUUGAUCGAUCCGGCUCUGCUGCGGCCCGGCCGGUUCGAUAAGCUCCUGUACGUGGGCCCCAGCACCACGGUGGACGACAAGGAAAGUGUCCUGCAAGCGAUCACCAGCCGGUUCCACCUGGCCAAGGGCCUGACGCUGCGGAAGAUCGCCGAAGGGCUCAAGCAGGACAUGACCGGGGCGGAUUUGUACUCGAUUUGCUCGAACGCGUGGCUGAGCGCCGUGCGGAGGGCGAUCAAGGGAGUGAAAGACCCUGUCGGAGAGGAUGGGCUCAGCCCGGAGGAUGUAGUGGUGAACGAAAGUGACUUCAAGACUGCCACCAAAAAGUUCAUCCCGUCGAUUAGUGCUGCGGAUAUGGAAUACUUCAACAGGUUAAGGACAAACUUUAGUGUGUAGCGUGGCGACUAAGCAGGAUUGAUGGCAUUGCGGAGAUUUAGGGUUUUUUUUACAGCCGGGUAUGAUUGUUGAUGGUGUGGAUAGAAUAUAUAUUUUUUAUACAGUUGAAAAUGGGUUAACGAGAUAUGUAUCACCUUUCCUGCUAGGAUAAGUAGGGCAUGGUCAUAUGUUUCCAAUAACCUUAAUGAGUUACCCCUUACCUUAUCGGUCAGACUAAGGCCUGAGUGUCCUCUGCUGUAUGUAGGAGUUGUCUCCAUUCUACUAGGUGCUACAACUACAACGGCUGUGCGUCUCCAGCUCGGCACUCUGAGAAGGGGCCGCAAAUCGUCCUCCACUUGAUCUAUCCACCCAGCUCGCUGCGCAUCACGUCUUCUUGUACCGGUCGGAUGGCUCUCGAGAACAUUACUGCAGUUCAGAUUACAAACAUGUAUAAGCGCGGGUUCCACUUGCACUUAAAACAGUCUGUUCAACAAAUCCCCGAAGGAAUCCCGAAAAGAAUUCGUGAGGAAAAUCCUAGAGCAACAUCUGAAAAUCAAUGGAAAAUCUCAGCAAGAAUCUAGAGAAAAACCUCUUGAGAAAUCCGCAGAGAACUAUAUUGGAUGAAAUAUAGAGAGAAAUCCGUGAAAGAUGGCAAUGCAUAAUCUCUGAAAGAUUCCCUGGAGGAAGACCUAUUGGAAUCACUGAAGAAAUCCAGGAACAAUCACAAAAAGAUUUUCGGGAGGAAUCCAGGAAUAAAACCCUGGAGAAUUUUAGGUAAGACUUCCUGAAGGAAUCCCGUGAGGCAUCCCUUGAGGAUAUCUAGAGGAAUCAUGGCAGGAAUCCUAAGAGGAAUAACGAGAGGAAUAAUUGGAGCAAUCCCCGACUUAUAUUGCUGAAUUGGGGCAUUGAGGAGUCUCAAGAUAAAUCUCUGCAGGACAUCUGGGACGAAUCCCUGGAAACAUCUCAGGACAACGCUCUAGAGAAAUCCCAAAAGGGAUCCUUGUAAGAAUAUCUGGAGAAAUCUCAGGAGGGAUUCCGAAGAAAACCCAAAGAGAAAUAUUUGAGUGAUUCCAUUGAGUAAUGUUUGGAGGAAUCACUCUAAGAAUCCCUGUAGAAAUCCCUACAGGAAACUCUGAAAGAAUCUCGGAGGGAAUCGUUUGAGGAAUCCUGGAACGAAUCCCGGGUGAAAACCCUGGUAAAAUCCCCAGAUUAAUUCUAGGAAAAAAAAAAGUCUAAGGAAAUUCCUAAAAGAAUAUUAGUAUUCAUAUGUAUUGGAUGGAAUCCUUGGAAGAAUCUCGUGAGGUACCCCGGAAGAAUCAAAAAGGGAGUUGCAGAAGGAAUACCGAGAGGGUUUCCCGGAAGAGUUAAAAAAAUACUCUUAAAAACCCUGGAAAAUACCACGAGAAAUCUAUUGAGAAUACCUGGAGAUUUUUUUUCUUAGAUUCCGGAAAAAUUCGCGAAUCUCGUAAUUUCUGGAGAAAACUAUGGAGGAAACUCAAAAAGAAUCCCUGAAAGAACCCCAAAAUGAAUUCGGGUGAAAUAUUGUAGGAAAACCCUUAGAGAAAUCCGAGGAGGUUUCUCGAAAGAAAUCCAUAGAGAAAUCCUGGAAGAAUUCCAUUGAGUAAUUUUUUAAAGAAUCCCUACUGGAAUCUAUGAAGAAAUCCCGGGAGGAAUACCAGGUAGAAUAACGGGAGGAGUCCCAGAGGGAAACCCGUGUAAUAAAGGGAGUCCACGAUGAAAUUGGCACACAGAAAAUAUUGUAUAACUCUUGAUUGCGUUCGCCAAAAUAGCUAAUUUUUUGACCAUGAAUAUUAUAUAAUGUGUAGCUAAUACCAUAAAAUUUUCAUUAAAAUCGGUUGAGUAUUGGCGCAGAUAUUGUCGAUAUCAUAAAAUGAGAUUUUAGAAAAUUUGAGCAACCAUUUCAAAAAAUUGCUUAAGCUAUAACUUUUUUGUUGCCUUAUCAAAACGUUUGAAAACUUCACUCGAUAUUCUUAACAUAUAUAUAAUAUUAAUUGGUUAUAUGUAUUUAGUAUUUAUUGGAUAUAUAAUUAAGUGGUAAAAAUUAGAUCGAAAUCUGUUCAGUACUUUUUCUAGUAAAUAUCCAAAGCUCAAAUCGCUUCAAGGUAAAUUUUAGGUACUUUUUGACCACUUUUAGUUCCGCGUGCACUAUUUUGACGAUUUUUUUAAAACUUUGACAGUGUAAAAUUGUUGUGUUAAACUGUUUACAGUGAAAAUUUCAGCGUUGAGCUAGAAAUGCUCAUAUUUAUUUCUAACACAUAUUAUAGAAGAGAACUUUACGCUACGGUUUAUAUUGUGGACAAAUUUCUGACAAAGUUAAGAAGAACCUUGGAGAAGAAUACCAGGCAGAAUUUAUGGCUUUCUAAAUGAAUUUUUGUAUGAAUAUUUAAGGGUUCAUUAGGAAAUAAUCAAUAUUUGAUAAUACUAGCUGUCCCGGCAAACUUUGUCUUGCCGUCUUGUGGUGAUUUGACAACUGUUGAGCUCAAAAUAGCACCGCACUCUAGAUUGGUUUCAAUUCGAUCGUGCUGAUUUCCUUCCCAGGUCAUAAAAAUCAGCAUUUUGUCUGUUUUUUUACAUUUUUAGUUCAUUUUCCUUACUUUUUUUUACAUAUAAACACAGCCACCAUGAAUACAAAUCUAACCAUGCAAAAUUCAUCCUGAUCGGUUCAGCCGUUCGUGACUUUUGUUGCCUCAAAGGGAAGUCAAACUCAUUUUUAAAAAUAUUUUAUGCAAUUAAGUAUCAUAAUUUCUAUUUUAUAUAACUCAUUUUGGUAUCAUAAUGACCAACUUUUCCAAACUGGUCAUAAUGCAACUGAAAUGAGUUACAUAAUGGAAAAUAGUUGCAUAAUGUUCAUAAUGCAAUUCAUUUGAGUUGCAUUAUGAACAUUAUGCAACUCAAAUGAGUUGCAUUAUGAAAAAAUCAUUGCAUAAAAUUUUGUAUGGAACUCGUUGCAAAACUCGAUUUUUUUCAGCACUCUUCGUAUUUAUCCAACUCGGCAAGCCUCGUUGUAUAAAUGUACGACUAGGGCAGUUCAGACUUCAAACAUGUUAAAAAUGCAAAGCUCCCAUAUGUUCAGUACAAUCCUUGGUGCAAAACUAGAGUUUUGUCAAAUUUUCAGCCAUUUCGGUGGCCAUUUAAUGGUGACCCAAAAGCAAAAUAGGUUUGUAUGGGAAUUACUAUGGAAAGUUUUCAAAAAAUGCUCUCCACCCUGUGGAGCAUUCACACAAGGAUAAAUUCAUAGUCAAUAUGAAUUCUUCAGAUCUCAAUGAUGAAUGUUGCCGAAGACCGCAACUCAUUUCGACUCACGAGACAGAAGUUAUUAAUCAAUAUUCAUCCAUGUAUGAUUAAACAGAAGACCACAGCUCGACCGACACGCUUGACACGCAAUCAUAGUAUGCGUGUUAGCUUCUUGCACACCUUGCAGAACAUCGUGUGUGAAGAUGCGCAUGCGAGUGGAAAUUUGUUAAAUAGGGUAGGGCGGGGCAAGAUGAGCACCCUAAGGAUCACGUUGGGGUUAUUGCAAGUUAACACAUUUUUUUUUAAAGUACCUCUCAAUAGUUCUUUUCUAUAUCAUGUUUUCUAUCACCCAUAAACAUGGAAGGGUUCAAAAUUCACAAUAAGUAUGAUUUAUUUGACUAAACAAAAAAGAUGUUUUAUGGUCAGUUCGAACAUGCUACGGGGCAAGACGAGCACCCCUACGGGGCAAGAAGAGCACUUCAUUAAAAUCCCAAUAUUUUAACAAUAAAUUGGCCAUACAGUGAUUGAUAUAGUGAACCUUGUUUAUUGCUAUAGUAUCAUGUUCUAAAAUUAUCAAUUUCUUCGAUUAUUGAAAAAAAAAAUACGGUUUUAUAAUACUUUAUACAGAAUGACCCGAAAAACAAUAAACGAUUAUUAAGUUGCUUAUUUUUAGGAAUUUACGCAACCAAAUAGUUGCAGAGGUUACGGAAACCUAUGUUCGGCACUAUUGAGUGGAAUCCAAUAAUUUCAAAAUAUUUUCUAUACUCCCCUCAGGGGUGCUCAUCUUGCCCCAUUAUAGGUAAAUAACUAAAAUUGAAUAAAUUUUAAUGUUAGUUUUUAGAAAAUAUUUUCUAAUAUAAAUUAAAAUGCUUUGCAGUAAGCUAGUAAUGUUGACUGAUAACAAGAAUUAUGGUAAAAAUUUGAUUCUGACAUAAAAACCUUAUUUUAUUCUGAUGAUUUCUUAUAAGAAAAUGCCAAAAAUCCAUGCUAUUGACUAAUUUGACGAUAUUUUUUAAUUCGUUCAUUAUGAAUAAUAUCAGGUUUACAAACAGGAUAAACAUUAAUCUAACGGAUUAUGAACUUGUUUGGGCAAAAUUCAUCAUAAAAGUAGUAAAACAGAGGGGUGCUCAUCUUGCCCCGGGUGGCCAUCUUGCCCCGUCCUACCCUAUCUUUUUUGUCGAUUGUCGAAAUGAGAUCCGGUCUUCGGCAACAUUCAUCAUUAUGAUCUGAAGAAUUCAAUUUGACUUUGACUCUAUGACUUUAUCCAUGUUUGAAAGCUUUACAACGCGGAGAACUUUUUUUGAAAAUUCUCCAUAGUAAUUCCCAUACAAACCUAUUUUGCUUUUGGGCCACCAUUAAAUGACCAUCGAAAUGGCUGAAAAUUUGACAGGACUCUAGUUUUGCACCAAGGAUUGUAAUGAACAUAUGGGAGCUUUGAAUUUUCAACAUGUUUGAAAUCUGAACUGCCCUAAUGUACGACUCAUGCUGAAAAAAUCAACUUUUUGCAACUCGUUACAUAAAUAACUAUUAUGCAAUUCAGUAUCAUAGUUUAUAUUUUAUUUAACUCAUUUUGGUAUCAUAAUGGUCAAUUUUUCCAAACUGGUUCAUUAUGCAACUGAAAUGAGUUGCAUAAUGAAAAAUGUUUGUAUAAUGUUCAUAAUGCAACUCAUUUGAUUUGAAAUUAUCUAGGGUAUAACUUUUUUCCCAGACGUCGGAUCACUUUGCAGUCUUCGACAAAGUUGUUUGGCAUAUAGUCACCUACAAUAAUACCAAAGGGUUUAUUUAUUUAACGCUUACAGCGCCACCUAGCGAAAAAAAUCGAAAACUUAAAAUUUCUGCAUACAUUUGGCCAAGUUUUUCCAUACAAACUUCAAACGUUUUGAGCGCCCCCUUAGGCUUAAUCGAUUUUGCUAAAAUUUUGAACGUAACUUCUGGGAGUCCAAAACAACUGAUUCGAGAGGUAAGACUUGGCAUUUUUCGAAAUUUUUGUCUUUCAUAUAAGUGUGGGCCACCUUAAUUCCCAUCUUUAGAAUUCUACUAUUUCUUUCAGGUUGAAGCCAUUACCUUCACCAGCAAAGUUCAGAAAAGUUUUUUGAAAAAAGUGUUUGAUAGUUAAAUUUCAAUUUUUGGCCCGUGAACUGGUAUGGAGUGUUGGCUGUGGCCCGCGGCCGUAAAAGGUUGGACAGGCCUGAUGUAUACUAUCUCCGCUACUGUUCCUCAUCGUAAUUGGGUUUUUAAAUUUUGAAAAAUGUAUUGAUUUUUCGAUUUUAUACGAAAGAGCACCUUUUUCUGAAUCACUAUGAUUUUUUUCAGAUUUUUUAGAACUUUGUUUUUGUACCUAAAACCAAUUUCAAAGAGAUUUUUUGAAAUCACCUUUUGACGGCUGGGCAACUGCUUGACAGCUCAAUCCAGUACAAAAUGCGACAAGGGGUGAUUCGACAAAUCGCUCCCAUACAAAUUUCAAAUUGAUUUUUAAAUAGGUUCCCGGGCACCAAAAUUCAUGAAAAUUUGGAUUCCGGCCCAGUUUGGCAUGUAGAUUCAGAAUAUGGAAUUAUCUCAACACCGCUAAAGAAGCCAUUUGACGAGAUCUUGGUAGGUGCGAUUGGUCGUGAACCAAAUCGCGGGUUAUUGUGGCAGCCCAUUACCAUGAACCACCUAAAUGACGCACUAGCUGAUGCCGUUACUUUCCUCCUCAACGGCGCACUGAUAUGCAGAGUAAGGUCGAUGAUCUUGCCGAUCGCUCCUCGACGACAGCAGGUCUUACUAUCAACGUCAACAAGACCAAAUGGUUGGAUGUAAACACGGUCAACCGCGGUCAACCCUUCCAGCCUUACGGUAGCUGGGCAAGCAGUAGCACGGCGUGUGUAUGGGAAAAGUUUAUAACAAAAACAUGGGCAUCGUCAAAUUUUUCGCUAUUCGAACAUAGAGGCUUUCAGCUUUCAUUUGCAGGGUCCCUCAAAAAAAUCCACCGAGGGAUCCCGAACAACUUUUUCAGAAUACUGUUUUUCCCCAUACAAAAUGCACGGUUCCAAAUUAAUCCCUAUUUCUACUUAACAAACAUACCCAAUUUUUGUAUGAAAAAGUUCCCCCGAUGGAAUAUUUCGAUGUUGGGCUUGAAUGAAAGCUGGUAGCGUUAACUUUCACGUAGCGUAAAAAUUAGCGAUGCCCAUUUUUUUGUAAUAAAUUUGUUCUACCAGACACACCGUGAGUAGAUAAUCCCGGGUAGAGGAGAAAUACUGACGAUCAAAACGUGCUAUUGGUUUGAUUGAUAUAAGAGAUAAAGAUCUGAAAAUAAUAUCUGAAAAAUAUUCCUGGAGCAUCUGAACAAUAUCAAAAUUUGAUAUUUCAAGAUCAAACGAAUAGCUCGCUGCUAUUGGUUAGAUCUUACAAAAUCUAAAUAUGAUAUGAUGAUGUUCCAGGGAUAAAUUUUUGAUUUUAUUUUCAGAUCUUUUAACUCUUACGUCAAUCAAACCCAUAUCACUUUUUGAUCUCCAUAUCAAAAUAGCAUAGCAUAGCAUGAAUACUUGCACAAAUCUUGGAUGGAGUUGCAAAGUUGAAUUUCCAUUGACAUUGCUGAUGUCGCUACUAUCUGCAAUGUCAUAGAUUCACUCAGCUCCACACACCUGGCCAAGUCCUUGCAAGCAUUUAUAAAUCCCUUCAUCAACUUAGAAAGAGCCCAGAACUGAAGCAUCUUCCAAUAGAUGAAAGGAUGUUGAAAAUAGCGAAUUUUCAACUUAUAUGCAGUUAUAAAGUAAAUAUACUGAAGUAGAAUUAUUUAUAAAUAAAUAAAUAAUAUUGGAAAGAUCUCACCAAUUGUUGUGGGGUUUUUGUGGUUCAAUGCUGAUCAUCUAAUUGUCCUGAUUAAUGUUCUUCUCUGUAAAGGAAAACACAAAACUCAGCAAAGAACUUUUUGAUCUCCAUAUCAAAAUAUGCUAUUAUUGAGCUCUUUUCCUCUACUCGGGAUGUUUAAUGCUUCCAAUAUCUUGAUAGCCAAAUGGCGGCCGAUGGUGACACCAAGAUCGAUAUAGGUCCACGAAUCAAGAAGGCGAGGGCUGCUUUUGCGAGUUUAAAAAAUGUAUGGAAAAACAACCAGAUCAGUCGACGCAACAAAAUCCGAUUUUUCAACUUGAACGUAAAAUCUGUGCUAUUGUACGCCAUUGAAACCUGGUGUGUAUCAGUGGCGAACAUUCAACGACUGCAGGUCUUCAUCAAUAGAUGCCUGUGGCAUGGUGACCUCACAUUUGGAUUUCCAACGUGAAGAAGCUCUAUUUUCGAUGUCAUCAAAAGCCGAUAGUGACAGAAACUCUGGAUCGGAAGUAGAGGAUGACCAUUUCUCUUCCAAAUCAAACUGCAUCUCGUUCUGGCGAAAACGUUCGAAAAAAGUGCUCUUUAUUUCCGACUUUGUUUCAACUUAACGUCACAAACACAACCAACUGAACUACUACGAGUUGGUGACUACUUGGUGCUGCUGCUGCUGCCUCUUGUUAUAGCCUAGCAAUCUUUUCACUUUACACUUGCUUCCUUCCUUCGUUCAAUAGAUAUACUCUUAAAACUAACACUUAUGUUAGUAAACUGGUUUGUAGAUAGUUUUUUUAAUAGAUAAUAAUAGCGAUUACUCGUAGUUUUUUUUCUCGCUUUUGAUGACUCCUACAUUCGACGAUCUGAAUGUACAACUAAAUAGCUGGCUUAGCUAAUCUACAACACACGCUCGAAAAAUAUCUUUAUUGUUUUUGUUUAAUUUUUAAUUAGUAUAAGUAAAUAUCAAUGUAGAAAAUACGCGAUGUAA